GUGAUUAAUGUGACUUGAAAGAAAACGGCCUAAUCAUUUUGUCGUCUGUGGGUUUUCUACCGGGCGCCGCUAUGCUCAAUAACAUCGGAUCGUCGGCGGCAAUCUCCGGUUUAGCAGGCUCAAAGGACCUAUGCGACGAUAUAAAACGGCAUCAUAAUGAUUUAAAGCCGUUAGAUCAUAGUACGUUACAUCACACAGGCGGGCGUGUACACGUUUCCAGUUCAUUGUGUGGUGAUCCUUCGUUACCUCCUGGAAGUGGUGGUUUACAUCAUGGUGGGGGUAGUGGAGGUAAUCUAAGUAAUUCAGACAAUGAUAAACCAACAAAACAAAAACGACAUCGUACUAGAUUUACACCAGCACAAUUAAAUGAACUUGAACGGUGUUUUUCAAAGACACAUUAUCCGGAUAUAUUCAUGAGAGAAGAAAUUGCCAUGCGCAUUGGCCUUACAGAGUCCAGAGUACAGGUUUGGUUUCAAAACAGACGAGCAAAGUGGAAGAAGCGAAAGAAGACAACAAAUGUAUUCCGAACACCAGGAGCUUUAUUGCCCUCUCAUGGUCUACCACCAUUUGGAGCAAUGGGAGAUGGAUUAUGCGGUUCAAGUAUGUUUGGACCUGCGGCUGAUACUCGUUGGGGUGUAACUGGAAUGACACCAACGUUGGGACAAUUAUCUCAAAGUGGUGUAUCAAUGGGUGGUUUUGGUCAAUCCAUUGGUCAGUUAAAUCAAGGCACGUCACUAUCAUCAAGCCUAAAUUCUGGACUUCCGAUAACGUCGACGAUGUCCACAAACGGAAGUACCGUAUAUCAAACACAUUAUGGACUUAAUUCAUUAGGCGAUACAAUGAUGACAUAUUGUAAUAAUAAUGGUUCAAAUGUUACGGGGAACGGAGCUGGUAGCGGUGGUGCUGUAUCAAAUUCAUCACCAUCACCACAAAUACCUUGUUCCGGAUCAACAACACCACCAGCUGCUAGUGGUGGGCCACCAAAUGGUGGCGGUUCAUCCGGUUCAGCAACAACAGAUCCGGAUGAUGAUAUAUGGCGUGGCCAUAGUAUAGCAGCUCUACGACGUCGAGCAUCUGAAUUAAAUGCAGCAAUCCCAUCAUAUUUACAAAUCAAUUAUGAUACACAACAUAAUGCAUCUGGUUCCGUUUACUGA